AUGGGGAUCAGCUGCAGGGCCUUUGUUGCUUUACAAGAGUCACCCUUACUGUCCACAGGUGAUGUGCUGUGGGAGACACCUAUCAGUGACAACAUUCAAAUGAAGAGGAUGUAUUUUUGCCUAUCAGAUUGGUAGGGCAACCAACAAAUGCACAGGAAGAUGGCACCUCUGAAGAGCCAUGUGCCCUGCACAGAGAAACCAGGAAAGGUCCCGGAGCCCCCAGAUAGCAGUCUGCACUGGUCAGAAGGCUCAAAGGGUGAAGAGAUAAAGAAGUAUGGCCGGGAAGGGACACUACUGAGCAAAUACAACCAACAAUACCACAAGCUGUUUAAAGAUAUCCCCUUGGAGGAGAUGGUUCUCAAAGUGUGUUCCUGUGCCCUCCAGAGAGACUUCCUUCUCCACGGUCGGCUCUAUAUCUCACCCAACUGGCUUUGCUUCCAUGCCAGCCUCUUUGGCAAGGAUAUCAAGGUGGUCAUUCCUGUGGUAUCUGUGCAAUUGAUCAAAAAACACAAGAUGGCACGCCUUCUUCCCAAUGGACUAGCCAUCACCACAAACACCAGCCAGAAGUAUGUCUUUGUGUCUCUGCUUUCCCGGGACAGUGUAUAUGACACACUGAGGAGGGUCUGCACUCACCUACAGCCUUCCAGCAAGAAGAGUCUGAGCCUAAGGAAAUUUCCAGAGGAGGCCGAGUGCGAGUCCCCGGAAGUCCUUAUCCCUGAGGUGAAGUGGAGAAAAGGAUACUCAGCCUCCCCAUCCCUGUCACUCCCAGACAACAUCUCUUGUGUCUCUCAGAUACCCACAGACUCCACAGAUAGCUGCUUCCCAAACUCCAUGAAGCCUCCAGGGUCUGAGGCUGUCUGUGAGAAAGAUGCACUGGAGGAAGAGCCCACCAUGGACCAGGAACUGAGGCUGUGGGAUUCCCGGCUUCUCAAAGUCAUCUUUGUGAUGCUCUGCUUUCUAGUCCUGUCCUCGUCCUAUCUGGCAUUCCGAAUCUCCCGGCUGGAACAGCAGUUAUGUUCCCUGAACUGGGGCAGUCCACUCCCAAGGGACAGGUAA